GCCUUGCAUUCCAGGAAGCAGUGUAAAAAACCGAUUUUGGCAUUGUUGAAGAAGCCCUCUGAACAGGUGAUAUUGGGUUGAAAAAUCGGAUAAGUGAAAAAGGGUUGGAAAGGCACGACACAUAACCCCUCCUUCCUAACCACACACGUGAGAAAAACCGAUUGAUGGGGAACACCACCUUGAAGACGAACAUCAGCCUCUAAGAACGAGAGUAACUAAUUGAUUGAGAUAAACUAAUUGACAAUCUCUUAUUUCAAGUGGAUCUGCACUAAAAAAUAUAGCAUAUUGAUCUGAUGGUGGAAAAUGAGAGCAACACAUCAGACAGUUGCAAGCCUUAGAGUGGAGAGGGGAUAAGAAGACUCUGUAUACAUGCAAGGAGUAAGGGAUAAGAUGGGAGAAUAAGGGGGAGAGAGAAGGGAGGAGGCAUGGAAAUUGAGUAUUAAGAGGAAGGCUGUCUGUGGCAACUACACACUUUCACAGUUCUCUGGGAGAAGGAAAGAUUGUGCUGUAGAUUCAACCAUGGAUGGUUCUUGCAGGGUCACCGUUUUGCUGUUCUUUGUUUAGCAACGAUUGGGAACUUGAUAUUCAGCGGUUCUGAGGACACAACAAUAACUGUUCUAUAUUAACCCUCAAGUAUCUUCUCUCUCUUUUUCAUUGUUACCGCUUCUUCCAAUUUCUAUCGAUUCUAAUUUAUGUUCUUCUCUUUCUAUUAUCUCGCGCAUAGAAAUUUUGUGAGUUUAGGGCUUCAGCUUGAAACUUGAGGCGUGCAUUUUCACUUUUACACCUAUAACCCAUUCAUUCCAUUAUUAUAACAUUUGUAUUGUGUUUGUUAUGUUGUGUGGUGUUGUCUUCUAAUUAUUGGAAAUCUCUAUCUGGAAAGACAUUUUAUUGGAACAGAGAACAAUCAUCUAGUUAUUGCACAUCUAAUUAUUGGAACAGGUAAUCAAUCAUCUUUUUUCAUCCAUGCCUUGGUUUUUCUGUUUCAAUGAAUUGAAAACAAGUUUUUCUCAUAAUUUCCUGUUUGGACUUCAAGGUAGUUACUGUUUUUUCUGUUGUAACAAGGAGAAUAAUGGAUGCUAUAAGGAAGCAAGCUAGCAAAUUGAGGGAGCAAGUUGCCAAGCAACAACAGGCUAUACUUAGGCAAUUGGGCCAAAAUAGCAAUGAACCUCUCAUGACUGAUGAAUCUGAACUUGAAUGUCACCAGCAACUUCAAAAGUUAUAUAAUUCUACAAAAGUUAUAUAAUUUUUUCGAUUAAUACUUUUGGGGUUUAUUAUUAUCAUAUAAACUUUGAUUUGUCUCUUAGCAAUUUAUGGCAUUUACUACAUUUAUAUUAUGUUUGUGGGUUUAUAAUAUUUUUUUUCUAAAGGGAGCCUUUAUAAUCACUGUUGUACAGAGCCUUAUAGAUAUUCAUAUUGUAUAUGUAUACAAAUUGAUUUUUGGCUAGCGGGCUGACCCUAACCCGUGGGGCUAUAUAAUUUUUUGAUUCGUGCGGGCUAUUUAAUAUGUGAGCUUUUUGGCCCUGCGGGCUUUAUGGCCCUGGUCCGCGCGGGCAAGGGCCUAAUGGGCCGGGCUGGCCCGUUUUGACAAUUAUAACAUAUGUUUGUAAUAUGAAUAAAAAUUAGAAUUGCUUAAAAGAAGAAGUGCCUUUGCACUUUUAAAGAGAAAAAGUGAAGAGUGGUUGUGUGAAUUUUUUUUUAUAAUAUUAAUGCAGUCUUGGUUUUUUUUUAUUAGUUUUAUUUUUCAUUAAAUUUCCAACACUCACCCUACUUGCUCUGAUUCAUGCACCAAGUAAACUAUUAUCAUUUAUUAAAUCUAUCUGGCUUUAAGCAACGCGUUAUUCCACAUUUUCCUCUUGUUAUGGACAUAAUACAUAAAUAUAUGGUAAUAACUGAUGCUUAGAAUUAAGAAUCAGUUGCCAUUUAUGUUUCAUAACAAGAAGAAAUUUCAUCCAUUCACGUAAUGGCUCUUGAUCAUCAAUAUCAUCUCUUGCUGUUUUUCUUCCUAGCGUUACUUCCGUUUUCUACUGUUGCUCAAACUUAUGGGAACAUUUCCUUGGGGACUUCCUUCACUGCACAAGCAGAUAACUCCUCAUGGGCAGCAUCACCAUCUGGUGACUUUGCAUUUGGGUUCCAACAGAUUGAGGAAAAUGGGUUCUUACUAUCCAUUUGGUUCAACAAAAUACCAGAAAGAACCAUUGUCUGGUCAGCCAAUGGACAAAACCUUGCACCAAAGGGUUCAAAAAUUGAGCUUACCUCAGAUGGAUGGUUCUUGCUCAGUGAUCCCAGUGGCAAUAAGAUAUGGCCUGCUGGUUCCUCAGGUGGUGGAACUGUUUAUGCAGCAAUGCUUGAUACUGGCAACUUUGUUCUUGCAGGCAAAAAUUCUCAAUAUUUGUGGCAGAGUUUUAAUCAACCAACUGACACAAUUUUACCAGGACAGGUUCUGAACCAACCUGGUACUCUUGUUGCAAGAUAUCUUGAGACAAAUUACUCAAGUGGAAGAUUCCAGUUUGUGCUAAACACUCAUGGGACUCUUGCGCUUUUCACCACAAAUUUCCCAUUGAAUUCUCUAAAUUAUCUUUAUUGGAAUACCAAGGAUGUUGGCAGUGGCUUCUCAUUGGUCUUCAACAAUACUGGGUAUAUUUUCCUAGGUGCAAAUAAUGGGAGCAUAAUUCAAAUGAUAUCAUCACAUGCUCCCUCUACUCAAGAAUUCUAUCAGAGAGCAAUCCUUGAACAUGAUGGAGUCUUCAGGCACUAUGUCUACCCCAAGAGUAGUAGCUCCAAUACAGGAGGAUGGCAGAAGGCUUGGUCAUCUGUGUCCUUUAUACCUUCAAACAUCUGUAUGAGUAUUACUGAACGAGCAGGAAAUGGAGCUUGUGGGUUCAACAGCUAUUGUACUCCUGAUGGAGGCAAGAGUUGCCAGUGUCCAUCUGGUUAUAGCUUCAUUGAUCCAGGUGAUGUGAUGAAGGGAUGCAUGCAGGACUUUGAUUCUCAGAGUUGUAAUGAAUCUUUCCCAGAAACUGAUCUCUUUGAUUUCUAUGAGAUGGAAAAUACGGAUUGGCUUUAUUCAGAUUUUGAACAUUUUCAGUCAGCGACUGUGGAUUGGUGCAGACAGGUUUGCUUGGUAGAUUGUUUCUGUGCUGUUGCCAUUUUCAGAAAUGGUUAUUGCUGGAAAUUGAAGCUACCCUUAUCCAAUGGAAGAAUUGAUUCAACUGUUGGAGGGAUAGCUCUGAUAAAGACAAGAAAAUAUGACAUAAGAGAAAAUAUUAAUGUUCUAGUAACUUGGUUAUGUCUUUUGUUAACAAGUUUACUGUAUUCAUUGCUUUUACUUUAAUCAAGUAAUUACCAUCAUGAAAU